AUGGCUGUGCCGGGCGAGGCCGCCCUAGUCGGGGCCAAGCCCGACCAGGCGGAGACCACGCCGGCCCCCGCGGCGGGCCCGGACUGCCACCGUCGCGCGGGCCCCGCAUCGCCCCGGGACGCAGGCUGCCGCGGCUGCUGGGGCGCCCUGGUGCUGCGGCCGCUCCGGCGCUCGCGGAAACUUUCCUCGGCGCUGUGCGCGGGCUCCCUGUCCUUUCUGCUGGCGCUGCUGGUGAGGCUGGUCCGCGGGGAGAUCGGCUGUGACCUGGAGCGGAGUAAGGAGGCGGCGGCGGCGGCGGAGGAGGAGGAAGCGGCCCCGGGAGCAGAAGGGGGCGUCUUCCCUGGGCCUCGGGGAGGUGCUCCCGGGGGCGGUGCGCCGCUCGGCCCCUGGCUGCAGCCCUCGGCGCUGCUCUUCAGUCUCCUGUGUGCCUUCUUCUGGAUGGGCUUGUGCCUCCUGCGCGCCGGGGUGCGCCUGCCUCUGGCCGUCGCGCUGCUGGCCGCCUGCUGCGGAGGGGAAGCGCUCGUCCAGAUUGGGCUGGGCGUCGGGGAGGAUCACUUACUGUCGCUCCCCGCCGCGGGGGUGGUGCUCAGCUGCUUGGCCGCCGCGACAUGGCUGGUGCUGAGGCUGAGGCUGGGCGUCCUCAUGAUCGCCUUGACUAGCGCGGUCAGGACCGUGGCCCUCAUUUCCUUAGAGAGGUUCAAGGUCGCCUGGAGACCUUACCUGGCGUACGUGGCCGGAGUGCUGGGGAUCCUCCUGGCCAGGUACGUGGAGCAAAUCUUGCCGCAGUCCGCGGGGGCGGCUCCGAGGGAGCAUUUCGGGUCCCAGCUUAUCGCUGGGACCAAGGAAGAGAUCCCAGUGUUUAAGAGGAGGAGGCGGUCCAGCUCCGUGGUGUCCGCCGAGAUGUCGGGCUGCAGCAGCAAGUCCCAUCGGAGGACCUCCCUGCCCUGCAUCCCGAGGGAACAGCUCAUGGGGCACUCGGAAUGGGAACACAAACGAGGGACAAGAGGAUCCCAGUGUUCAGGAACCAGCAUCACUGUGGAUAUUGCCGUGAUGGGCGAGGCUCACGGCCUCAUCACCGACCUCCUGGCAGACCCUUCCCUGCCUCCCAACGUGUGCACGUCCCUGAGGGCCGUGAGCAACCUUCUCAGCACGCAGCUCACCAUCCAGGCCAUUCACAAGCCCAGGGUGAACCCCGCCGUUUCCUUCAGUGAAAACUAUACCUGCUCUGAUUCUGAAGAGAGCCCUGAGAAAGACAAGCUGGCUGUUCCCAAGCGCCUGAGGAGGAGUUUGCCCCCCGGUUUGUUGAGACGAGUUUCUUCCACUUGGACAACCACCACCUCAGCCACGGGCCUGCCCACUUUGGAGCCCGCCCCAGUACGGAGGGACCGCAGCGCCAGCAUCAAACUGCACGAAGCACCUUCAUCCAGUGCUAUAAAUCCAGAUUCUUGGAAAAACCCAGUGAUGGUGACUCUCACCAAAAGCAGAUCCUUCACGUCGUCCUAUGCUGUUUCUGCCUCUAACCACGUAAAGGCUAAAAAGCAAAAUCGACCAGGUUCCCUAGUGAAAAUUUCACCCGUUUCCUCGCCCCGUUCCUCACCUCUCCAUGGGACUCCUGCCAGCAGCCCAGUCAGCAAAAUUUCUGCAGUACAGUUUCCAGAAUCUGAUGAUGCAACUGCCAAACAAGGCCUCAGUUCUCACAGGGCUUUAACGUGCACUCAGAGUGCCCCUGACCUUUCUCCUCACAUGCUGACUCCACCUGUUAUAUGCAGCAGCUGUGGCAGACCAUAUUCCCAAGGGACUGCUGCAGCUGGGCCCCUGGAGAGAAGCGGGGCAGCCAUGCGGACCCCAAGCAGAACAGAUGAUACCACUCAGGUUACCUCUGAUUAUGAAACCAAUAACAACAGUGAUAGCAGUGAUAUUGUACAGAAUGAAGAUGAGACUGAGUGCCCCAGAGAGCCUCUGAGGAAGACAUUGGCUUGCAGCACCUACACCCCUGAGGCCAUGAUGUUCCUGGACAAAUCAAUCCUUGCUCCUGAACCUCUUGUCAUGGAUAACUUGGACUCAAUUAUGGAGCAGCUAAAUACUUGGAAUUUUCCAAUUUUUGAUUUGGUGGAAAAAAUAGGAAGAAAAUGUGGCCGUAUUCUUAGUCAGGUAUCAUACAGACUUUUUGAAGACAUGGGCCUCUUCGAAGCUUUUAAAAUUCCAGUUAGGGAGUUUAUGAAUUAUUUUCAUGCUUUGGAGAUUGGCUACAGGGAAAUUCCUUACCACAACAGAAUCCAUGCCACCGACGUCUUACACGCUGUUUGGUAUCUCACGACGCAGCCUAUUCCAGGCCUCUCAACUGUGAUGACUGAUCAUGGAUCCGCAAGCGAUUCAGAUUCUGACAGUGGAUUUACACAUGGACAUAUGGGAUAUGUAUUCUCAAAAAUGUACAAUGUGCCGGAUGAUAAAUACGGGUGUUUGUCUGGAAAUAUCCCUGCCCUGGAGUUGAUGGCCUUGUACGUGGCUGCAGCCAUGCAUGACUAUGACCACCCGGGAAGGACUAAUGCCUUCCUGGUGGCAACUAGUGCCCCUCAGGCGGUGCUCUACAAUGAUCGCUCAGUUUUAGAGAACCAUCAUGCAGCUGCUGCGUGGAAUCUUUUCAUGUCCCGGCCAGAAUAUAACUUCUUACUUAACCUUGACCAUGUGGAAUUUAAGCAUUUCCGUUUCCUCGUCAUCGAAGCAAUUUUGGCCACUGACCUGAAGAAGCACUUUGACUUUGUAGCCAAGUUUAAUGCCAAGGUGAAUGAUGAAGUUGGAAUAGAUUGGACCAAUGAAAAUGAUCGUUUGCUGGUUUGUCAAAUGUGUAUAAAGUUGGCUGAUAUCAACGGGCCAGCUAAGAGUAAAGAGCUCCAUCUUCAGUGGACAGAGGGAAUUGUCAAUGAAUUUUAUGAACAGGGUGAUGAAGAGGCCAGCCUUGGGUUACCAAUAAGCCCCUUCAUGGACCGCUCUGCUCCUCAGUUGGCCAACCUUCAGGAAUCCUUCAUCUCGCACAUCGUGGGUCCUCUCUGCAACUCCUAUGAUUCAGCAGGACUGAUGCCCGGGAAAUGGGUGGAAGACAGCGAUGAGUCCAGAGAUACCGAUGACCCAGAAGAGGAGGAAGAGGAAGAAGCACCAAACGAUGAGGAAACCUGUGAAAAUAAUGAAUCUCCAAGAAAGAAAACUUUCAAAAGGAGGAAAGUCUACUGCCAAAUAACCCAGCACCUCCUGCAGAACCACAAGAUGUGGAAGAAAGUCAUUGAGGAUGAACAGCGGUUGGCAGGCAUAGAGAAUCAGUCCCUGGACCAGUCUCCGCAGCAGCAUCCCUCAGAACAGAUCCAGGCCAUCAGGGAAGAAGACGAAGAAAAGGGGAAGCCGAGAGGAGAGGAGACCCCAACCCCAAAGCCAAACCAGUGACAAUGGAUAGAAGGAGCUAUGUUUCCAAACAGAGUGACUUGUCACAGACUCUUUUCAAACCAGCACAACACUUAGACACAACACUGUAGAAAUACAAGAAGAUGGACAAACGGCUAUGGCAUUUUGGGAUUCUUCGUGUUUUAUGUGUUUAUUUUUACAGUGAGGUACAUGGUUUCAAAAACUCUCGCUCAGAGAAGCUUUCACAUUGUAACACCAGCUUCUAAGGAUUUUUUUUUUAAAGGAAGAAGUAUAUAUGUGUGUGUGUAUAUAAGCUCUCACAUAGAUCCAUGUAAAACAUAUUCACAGACACACACGCAGGCACACAGACACACUGAAAGCCAGGAUUCCUGGCUCCACGAUUUAGUAACAUUCAUAUUAAAAUAUAUAGUGGUCACUGUGAUAUAAUAAAUCAUAAAGGAAAAAAUAAAGGAAAACAAAUCACAAAGGAGAUGGUGCAGCUUUAGCCGGGAAGCAGUGCAGCAAAUGUAGGUUACGACUAAGAAGCUUUUGCUCUUAGGACUGAGGAUGAAAGUUCCAGAGCAUUGUUUGAAUUCUCAUACAUCCUGCCAACAUUUUGUGUGUGUGUGUGUGUGUGUGUGUGUGUGUGUGUGAGAGAGAGAGAGAUGGAAAGGAUGCUCGUGUAUGUACAGUUGUGUGUAUGUAAAGAGAGAUUUUUGUGGUUUUAGUCGUUCAUAGCAUUGCUGCAGCAGAUGACUCAGCACAUGUGAACAAACAGGAUGAAGUUCACUCUGGAGUGUCUUUCAGAGGCAGCCAUUCCAAAAGCCUGCCUCCAUUUGGCUUCAGUAAAAGUCCCUCUGCAGAGGGAGGGGAUUGGAGGGCUGGGGAACUGGGCCACGGGCCUGGGUCUACUCCUCUGCAGCCCUUGGAGGCUGUCUGUCACCAGCCUUAAACCGGGAAGACUGAGGCACUUUCCAGUCUAGUUGCCGAAUGAAUGUAUAGGAGCUCUUUGUCUGUCACUCAGCUAAGAUCAAAUCACCAUGGAAGGGGAUGGCAUUCUUUAAACAGAAACACCUCUGAAGAGGCUGGAGUCAGGUCUUUUCAUCAGGUUAGAGUUCUAAAAGGUUGCCAGAGGAGGCCUGGGAAAUGGCUCUUAACAGGGAUCUCCCAUGUCUUAAUUUGCUGUAAAAUGUGUGGUAGAGAAAGGAAAAAAAAGAAGGCAAACAGAAACCCACUCUGGGACAGUGAGAGAUGAAGGGCAAAAUUUCGACCUAGGGUUUGGUGUUUAUUGACAUAGUGAAAGCCUGAUUCUUGGCAACUGUUGAAGAUUGGCUUUUGGGUGGCAAAGGUCACAUGGACAGCCCUGCUGUACUAUUCCACGCGUGGUGUGAUGGUGUGGCUUCCAUCUGCAAUCUGGCCCAUUGUCAUGUUUUUUUUGGCAGGGAAGACUCGAGAGGGAUCCGGGGGGACUGGGCCUAUCAUUGAAAGUCUUUUUUUUUUUUUUUUUUUUGGUUUGUUUAUCUACACUUGUUUAUGCUGUGAGCCAAACCUCUAUUUAAAAAGUUGAUACUCACUUUCAAUAUUUUAUUUCAUAUUAUUAUAUUUGUCAUGAAUAGUUAUCUUGGUGUAAAUAUAAAGAUUUGUUUUUGUUUCUGUAGAUAGUCAACUCUUUUUUUUUUAAGGGAAAAGGGAAGCAUUUUUAUAAAGUUCUAUUUUAAUCACCAUUUUUAUACAGUGUAGCUCUCUCCAAGCCCAGUAAGUUCAUUUGCAUGGAGGCCUAUGAACACCCACUUAUCUACCUGUUCUAAUUUAAAUGAUCAUCUGAUACAGUUAUUUUAUGCCAAUUAAAUGAGGAUGCUGCAAAGUAUGUUUUUUCACUAGUAACUUUGGCUAACCUUUGGGUAACUUUUAGAUCCAUGUCUCCCAAGCAAAAGACUUUCUUAAACAAUACCAAAUGUUUAUAAUUGGUGUCCCUUUCUUCCCAACAUUUUUUGCUUGUAACUUUUCCUUCAGUACCAUAU